AUGAACUCCAACCUCGGCCCCUAUGUCACAUCGGCAUUCUCGCGACACGGCCUCCUAGCCAUGGUGGGGAUUGUAGCACGACCAGGUCUUAUGUUCAUGGCCAUCUCCAACGGCAUCGAGACGUACGCAGCAGCCAACGUGUUCUGGUCAGUCGGCAGCGUCGGCGUCGGGUUCGUCCACACCGUUCUGGUCUUGGACCUGACCUCGAAGAGCAGCUUCCGCUGGGAUUCUGGUGCAUCUGCCAUCAUCUUUCCAUACUUUAGCGCCUCCAUCUGCGUCGUGCUUUGGCUGGACCUGCGCAAGGUCAAGAGACAGGGGCUCGUGCCGGAUCAGGCGAGCGGCGCCAGGAACACGGUGCAAUCGAUCAUUUUCUGCCUGAAUGAGUUUGACGGUAUGCUACUUCUAAGAAUAGCUAUGCUCCCGUGGAAGAGUCUCAAGGGCCGGACCAUACUGGGAGCUGCCCUUACCGCGAGCAUUCUUUUUGUGAGGGCUGGAGACCUUCGCCAGAUUCCCAAGGCGUGCUUCAACGAAACCAUCAUCAUCUGCGAGCAGCUGACCGUCAUGUCGGUCGUGCCGCACAACCAGGGCGCUGUGAUGCUGGCGCUGGUCCGGCUAGCCACCUCCGUCCGCUCUUCUAUCGGUCGGGCAAUCUCGGGUGGCAUCUGGACAAACCAGCCCCCUCUGUCGCUCCUGACCGGGAUGCUGCCUGCGGACCAAAAGCCGAUGCGACCGUCAUCUACUGCUCGUUGCCGCUGCAGCUGUCGUAUCUGUUUGGCAAGCCCGACCAGGAACGCCAUCAUCGCUGCGUAUGGUGAUGUGCAGAGGAAGCUGGACAUUGCUGGGUCUUGUCUGAUGCCCCUUGCUCUUGGAGUGGUGUUUUUUUGCGAGUAA